AUGGUCACAUUUGGAGGAGGUUCUGAGAAAUGCACAGCCUGUGAGAAGACUGUUUACGCCACUGAGAAGAUCGUCGUCGAGGACAAGGAGGACAAAAAGACUUUCCACAAGUUGUGUCUGAAGUGCUCGCACUGCAAGAUUACAUUGUCACUCGGCAACUAUGCCUCAUUGAACGGUGUCAUGUUCUGCAAGCCACACUUCAAGCAACUGUUUGCCACCAAGGGUAACUACGACGAGGGCUUUGGCAAGUCCAAGCACUCCACCCAAUGGGCACCACAAGCCAACCCAGCUGCUUCAGCUCCAUCCUCAUUCAUUAAGCUUGAGGAGACAAAGACCACUGAGAAGAAGGAUACUCCAACUGGAAUCUCAUCCAGAUUCUCUGGAAGUCUCGACAAGUGCACUGUUUGCACAAAGACUGUGUACUUGACCGAGAAGUUGAUUGUUGAAGAUAAGGACGACAAGAAGGUGCUCCACAAGCAGUGUCUGAAGUGCUCGCACUGCAAGAUCACUCUGUCACUCGGCACCUACGCCUCCAUGAACGGAGUCUACUACUGCAAGCCACAUUUCAAGCAGCUGUUCGCCGCCAAGGGUAACUUUGACGAGAUCGCCGGUAACUCACCAAAGACCGACAAGUGGGCUCCACAGGUUGUCUCGCAGGCUGGUUCAUUCGUCCCAAUUGAGAAGACCGCCGAGAAGGAGAAGAACACCAACUCUGCCAACCCAGACGUCGCCAAGAGAUUCUCAUCUGCCAACUCUGACAAGUGCCAGUGCUGCAGCAAGACCGUCUACCAGACUGAGAAAGUCGUCCUCGAGGAGACCGACACCCGUCGCAUUUUCCACAAGACAUGUCUCAAGUGCUCUCACUGCUCCGUCAUCUUGAACCUCGGCACUCUUGCCCAGCUUGACGGUGUUCUCUACUGCAAGCCCCACUUCAAGCAGCUGUUUGCUCUCAAGGGCAACCUCGACGAGGGCUUCGGACGUACCAAGCGUCAGGAGAACCUAUUCCCAUACCUCGAGAAGAAGGAGGACUACGUUCCAUCCGUCGACCGCAUCGAGCAAAACACUGCCACCGAGACUGAGUACGAGAAGUUCCAGCGUCUGUCACAGAUGACCUACGUUGAGGACGAUGUCAAGCCAGUCUUCAACCCAAGCGCCACCUUUGAGCAGGAGGAGGAGAAGCCAGAGGAGGUUGUUCCAGUUGCAGCUGUCGAGGAGGAGACCCCAGUUUCUCCAGCUGUUGAGGAGGAGACCCCAGUUGCAGUUGUCGAGGAGCCAGUUGCAGUUGUUGAGGAGCCAGUUGCAAUUGUUGAGGAGCCAGUUGCAGUUGUCGAGGAGGAGCCAGCAGUCCUUGUUAAGGAGGUUGAGGAGCCAACUUUGGUCGAUGAGGAGUCUUCUGACGAGGAGGAACCAGUUGUCGAGGAGAGAAGAGGCGAGCCAGCUGUCGAGGAGGAGCACAACGAUCACAGCAGCAGCGAGGACGAGGAUAACUAA